CUGUGUCCAUUUUCCUGUACGACCCAACUUCUCCUCCACAAUCACAUGACGAGGAGCCAUGAUGACGUAUCUCAGGUGCUGGUGAGAUCAGGAGAACCUGGAUGUGAGGAUCUGACGGUCACUGGUGGCUCCGGUGGUUCAGUCAGCAUGAACAAUGAUCUCUGCUCCGUCUGUGGGAAGAGUUUCAGCUGUCGACGGUCUCUCAGAGUACACCAGCACAUUCACACUGGAGAGAAACCGUUCCAGUGCUCACAGUGUGGGAAGAGCUUUUUUCACCAGAGUGCUCUGAGGACUCACCAGCGCAUUCACACCAUAGAGAAACCGUAUCAGUGCUCCGACUGUGGCAAGAGUUUUAAUCAGCUGAGCAAUUUGAAAACGCACCAGCGCAUUCACACGGGAGAGAAACCAUACAGCUGCUCACAGUGUGGGAAGAGUUUCAAUCAACAGAACGAUCUCAAAACACACCAGCGCAUUCACACUGGAGAAAAACCCUACAGCUGCUCGCACUGCAGGAAAGGUUUUAAUCAAAGCAAUGAUCUCAAAAAACACCAGCGCAUUCACACAGGAGAAAAACCAUAUGGCUGUCCACAGUGUGGGAAGAGUUUUAAUCAGCGGAAUGAUCUGAAAAAACACUUGCGCAUUCACACUGGAGAGAAACCGUAUCAGUGCUCUCAGUGUGGGAAGAGUUUUACUCAACAAAGUAAUCUCAAGAUCCACCAGCGCAUUCACACUGGAGGGACUGUGGACCAUCCUUGA